AUGGCUCGCGAGUGUCGGGUGAUCCUGGCGGUGGCACUGCUGCUCGCCCCCGGGGCCCUGGGCGCAUCCCUCAAGGCCGGCGGCCUGACAGACCCUGGCAGCCGCGCCCUGGGCAUCCAGGCCGUCGACACCGGCAGCCCCGGCAUCCUGGGGGGCAGCUGGUUCAGCCCUGCUAGCAGGGGCCCCCCCACCAGUUUGAGCAGCACUGGUUUUGGCAGCAGCCGCAGCGGCCUCGGCAACUUGUUGCCUGGCUUUGGCGGUUUCGACAACGCCCUCAACACCCGCGGCAGCCGAGGCCAGGUCUCCAACCUCUUGGGCAGCCGGCCAUUCGGCGGCCGCACGCCCGGGUUUCCCCCCUCACUCGCAUCUUCCGGCGGCAGUGGCAGCGGCUUUGGCAGCAGCGGCGGCGCGGUCCCCGCUUACACCAACACAGGCGGUGCCGGGACCAUCUUCCGCCGCCUGGGCGAGCAGGCCGCUGCCGCCGCCGCCGCCAGCGCAAGAAUUGAGGCCGUCGGCGGCCGCACACCCGGCUCCGCCGCCCCCGAUGCCGUCACAAACUCUAUGGGCGCCCUCGCCACCGGCCCGUACCGCGACCUGAUCAUCAACUAUGGCAGCAUGGCCGCCCUGGGGGCCAGGGCAGCCCCCAGCUUUCACAAAUCUGGCAGGCCCGCCGCCGACCAGGGCGGCCGUGGCCAGAUCUUCCGCCGCCUGGGCGAGCAGGCCGCCGCCUCUGCGGCCGCCAACACCAUUGCCAUGGGCGGCCGCACGGCCGGCUUUGCCCCCUCCGACCGCGCCCCCAUCACCAACCCUGCGGGCAGCAGCUGGGGCAGCUUUAACUCCAAGGGCGUGCAUGCCACUCCCCAGUACCGCGGCAUGCUUGGCAACUAUGACAGCGUGGCCGCCCCGGGGACCAGCGGGGCCCCCAGCUUUGACAAAUCUGGCAGCCCCGCCGCCAACCAGGGCGGCCAUGGGUCCAUCUUCUGA